GACUUGAAGAAAAAGAAAAGUAGCUCCCCCCCUCUCUCUCUCUCUCUUCCCAAAUUCACAGAUCAAUUAACAAUCUCUCUCUCUCUCGCCCAAUUCAAAGGUCACUCUCUUUUUUCUCCCAUUCAGUUGUCAAUCUUUUCUCUUAAAACCCCCAAUUUUAACAUUAACAUUCAAGAUACUUGUAUUCUCUUCUUCCGCUUCUUCUUCUUCUUCUUCUUCUUCUGUAACAUUUCCAGUAUGACCCAAGACGUAGAGAUGAAAGAGGUUCCAGCUGCCGCUGCGGCUCCUUCCAAUUCCACCACUUCUUCGUCUCCUUCCACUCUCCAGCAUUUGAAAGAGAUUGCUUCACUCAUUGAGACCGGUGCUUAUGCCCGUGAAGUCCGCCGGAUUGUGCGCGCUGUUCGCCUUACCAUGGCUUUAAGGAGAAAGCUCAAAGCUCAACUUCUCUCUGCUUUUCUCAAUUCCAUUCUUACCCCUGGAUCCGACCCUUAUACUCGGUUGUCCUCUUUUCUCCCCAAGGAGGAUGAUCAUGAAAUGGAGGUUGAUACAGCUACAUCUGUCACUCAAGCUCCUGCUAAACACCCGUUACCAGAACUGGAGAUGUAUUGCUAUUUGUUGGUGCUGAUUUAUCUUAUUGAUCAGAAGAAAUACAAUGAGGCCAAAGCAUGUUCAACAGCAUGCAUUGCUCGGUUAAAGAACUUGAAUCGGAGGACUGUUGAUGUUCUUGCAUCCAGGCUCUACUUUUAUUACUCUCUUAGCUAUGAACUCACCGGUGAUCUUGCUGAAAUUAGAGGUAACCUCCUUGCUCUUCACCGGAUUGCAACUUUGCGCCAUGAUGAGCUUGGCCAGGAAACACUUCUAAACCUGCUGCUUCGCAAUUACCUCCACUACAAUUUAUAUGACCAAGCAGAGAAGCUGAGGUCAAAAGCUCCUCGAUUUGAAGCCCACUCCAACCAGCAGUUCUGUCGGUACCUCUUUUACUUGGGAAAGAUUCGGACAAUUCAGUUGGAGUACACUGACGCAAAGGAAUCCCUCCUACAAGCUGCUCGGAAAUCCCCUGUUGCAGCACUCGGUUUUCGAGUUCAGUGCAACAAGUGGGCAAUUAUUGUCAGACUACUGCUAGGAGAAAUCCCUGAGAGGACUGUUUUCAUGCAGAAAGGCAUGGAGAAAGCCUUGAGGCCAUACUUUGAGUUGACAAAUGCUGUUCGAAUAGGGGACUUGGAGCUCUUUAAAUCUGUUGCAGAGAAGUUCUCAACCAUCUUUAGUGCAGACAGGACUCACAAUUUAAUUGUUAGACUGCGGCACAAUGUCAUAAGGACUGGACUUCGCAAUAUUAGUAUUUCUUAUUCUCGUAUCUCACUGGCUGAUGUGGCCAAGAAGUUGAGAUUGGACUCUGCAAACCCCGUUGCCGAUGCUGAGAGUAUCGUAGCCAAGGCAAUACGAGAUGGUGCAAUUGAUGCGACACUGGACCAUGCAAAUGGGUGGAUGGUAUCUAAGGAAACAGGGGAUAUCUACUCCACAAACGAGCCUCAAAUUGCAUUCAACUCAAGGAUUGCUUUCUGCCUCAAUAUGCAUAAUGAGGCAGUGCGGGCACUAAGGUUUCCACCAAAUUCCCACAAAGAGAAAGAAAGUGCUGAGAAGAGAAGAGAGAGACAGCAGCAAGAGCAGGAGCUUGCAAAGCACAUAGCCGAGGAGGAUGAUGAUGAGUUUUAAGUUAGCAUCUGCAAGAAAUCAACUAUUUUCACCAUUGAAUCCCCUCUUGUCAAGUUGUGUGACUUUCUCUAAAAACUCCCCAGCAAGAUUGUUUCAACUUAUUUUGUUUAGCAUCAAUUUUUCAUGUUCUAGUUGAGGAUUCUGUCCCAUAUCCAAGCAACCUCUGUUCAACUAUUUUUUAUUAUAUUGUGGGGUUGCUCCCAUUUGGAUUA